AUGGAUUCGAAGGGGCUCGGGGAAAAGUGUGCUCAAGCAAAUCUUUCUUUCACUGCCCAGUAUAGGUAUUAUCAACAUCAUUGUUAUAUAGAGAGCCUUUCGCACUUAGUGGCAUCUUGUUGGUGGCAACUGCUUUGCAAGUGCAAUGUAUGUGUCGGUAGCGAAGUGCCUGAGCCGCAGUCGUUGCCAAGUGCUGAUCGCGUCCGGAACGAGCAUCCAGAUCCUUAUUCUGAGCCGAUGUCCUCCUUCGAGUUCGACGUCCCGCUCUGCCGGAAAAUCUGCCUCUUCCUCAAAGACUAUGGGUUGGAGAGGCAAACGUAGAAUUCAUAGUGGACGCGAUUCUACUGGCUCUUGAGAUUUUUGGCGACGUAUAUAUAUCCCUCCCACUCUCCGUGCUGCAAGCCUUUUCCGAAAGCUGUGCAUGGAUACCGACAUAGGCUGUUAUCUGAUGAACACGCUGGGUGGUCUGGAUGCAGAAAGUAUUGCUGCUUACAUCAAGGAUCUCGUUAGAAGUUGUGGUUGUAUCGGGCUUAAAUGAGAGGAAUUGGCCGAGAGCUUGUAAGAUUGCAUUCACAAAAAGGUAAAAUUAGCUCUGAAUAACCAGCUCAGAGAAUAGUACAGGUUUUCUUAUCUUUCGGUUAUAUUCUUAAACUCUUACGUUGCAUCUUAUCAUAUAUGCAGUAUAUACUUAGUUGACUUUCUUUUCAUCCCUUUCCCACACGCAAAUUAUAUAUACAUAUAUAUGCAUAUGUAUAUCCAUAUAUAUAUAUAUAUAUAUAU